UACAACCAGGAGAGGGGAGGAUUUUUGUGUGUGUGUGUGUGUGUGUGCGGUUUUUUUGUGUGUGGAUACGGCUGGAACUUGAACAAGGUCCCUGUCAACUAUACCUAUCUGUCUCGGUAAACCCUGCAGGACUCAGGGAUCUGAAGAGAAGGGCCUCGGAGGAGCGGGACGUCUUCAGCUCCUCUGUCCUCUCCGCCUCCUGCGCGCUUCCUGAAAGCACCUGCGCGCCUCAGGUAACUCGAAGGAGGAAGUGUGUGCGCACUGAGCAGCGGGCAGAGAUCCAACCGUGGAUGCACACAUCUGUGCUGUAGUUGGAGACAGUCAAGAGCAAAGUCCACCUGAAGACCACCACCAGUUAAGUUUGUCCGUCAGGGAUGUGUUCCAAUCAGAGUAUUUGUGGCGGCAGCAACCGUUCCAACAGGUCCCCCAGCUCAGAGGGCACCAGUUCAGGGGCCCAUUAUGCCCUCUGCGCCCUGGGAGUCGGACUGGUUGCCCUCGGUAUUGUCAUGAUUGUGUGGACUGUGAUACCCAUGGAUGGUGAGGCUUCGGGCGGGUCCGCUGUGUCAGGCAACUCCACCGUAGGGCCUGAGGGUGGGGGCCAUGAUGAGGAGGAAGCGGACCACACUAAAUCUUCAUCCGUCGCUAUGGUGCUGGUCGGAGUCGGAGUGGCCAUGCUGCUCUUGUCCCUUUUUCUGGGUUUGAGGAGCAAGAAGAGAGCACGCAACAGAACCAGCCAGCCCGUGGCAGCGGCAGAUACCUUCAUGGACCAUGUGACCAGGGAGCAGGACGAAGCUGCGGCUCGAACUGCACACAAUGUGCCGAGCUACGAGGAGGUCGUUGGCAGUGGCGACUACCCUGUGCGUCAGAGCAACCUACGCCAGAGCACCUCCCAGCUGCCGUCCUACGAGGACAUCAUAGCAGCUGUGGAAAACGAGGGAACAGCGCCCACGAACAAUCCCACUGAGGACACCCCUCUAAAUGAGCCCGCGCCGACUUCCGCCCAGCCUGCCGCGGAGCCCCAGGCCGACCCUCCCGGCCUUGCACCGAACCCCAGCCUGCCCACUCGCAGCAGCAGCCGGGCCAGCCGGUUACUGCGGCCCCUGCGGGUGAGGAGGAUCAAGUCGGACAAAUUGCACCUGAAGGACUUCCGUCUCCAAAUCCGUAGCCCCACGCAGAAUCCAGUCACCAUUGAACCCAUCACUCCGCCACCGCAGUAUGAAAAUAAGAUACCAGAAUUACAGUAGGAGCUCUCCCUCAUCUCUCCCUUAACAUAAAAAACUAACAUUUUCAAGAUCAGUAUAAAAUAGGUUAACUGUGGCUGCGAGCGGUGUGAUGCGGACCGUGUUGACACUUUCCUGAGAUGAGGAUAUUUGAAGUGAAUCUCUUAUUCUUUAUCUUGGGAUCGGCAUAUUUAUUAUGAUAUAAUGUGUCUGUGUGAAAUGACCUGCUUUGAGUUGAGUUUGUUUGUCAAACAUUGGACAACCAUUCCGUUUUUAUAUUUAAUGUUUUUCACCUUACCUAUAUUUGUUCUGCACUGUGGAAAAUGUGAAUCCACCUCUUGUGAUUCUAAGCGGGAAAAGGGAAAUUAAUUGACUUGUUUUUUUUCCUCAGUGGUAGUAAGUAAAUUAAGUAUCGGCUGCACCACCUUUUUGUGAUUUGUAACGGAAAGAAAUGCACUGAGGCCAAAAGUUUGUGACUAUACGGUUUAUUUCUGAAUGCUUGUUUGUUUAAAAUGUCUUGUCUAAAAGAAACUGGUUCAAAUGACUUUUGGAUACAGAUAUUAAGAGAAAAACAAUAUUGUAUGAAACAAUCAAAUCAGAAGUAAACUAAUUUACUAAACUAUUGGUAAUUAAACAUGCAUUGCUUCAUAUGACUUUUAUAAUAGUGAAAAUGUUGAAAUCCCUUUAUUACUUAUUCAAAAUAGGUGUUUUUCUAUUUCAACAUAAGAUUUUAUGAUGUUGCCAAAUGUCAAUGAAAAUGACUUCAGCGGUCAUUAUUAUACAUCAAUGCCAAGAUCAGUAAAAACAAGAAGAUCUACUAAAUACAAAUGAAAUCUCCCAUCAGUGCCAUUCCAACGCACGGAUAAUGUAUUUUCUAAUGAUUUUUUAAAAUGUGCCUGCUGUUAGUUCAACGGAACUGUUUAUUUUUAAAGAGAUAAAUAUUGUCUUUCAACUUUCAGUAAAUAAAAUGUAGAUUUUU